AGAGGAAUUGCAAGUUAGUUACAUGUAGGGGUUGGUAGAUAAAAGAAUAUAAUUUGUAUAUAUUUGAUACUGACCAGCCCACAUGCCACUGAUGUUGUCAGCAUCGAUCAUUUCCAAAUCACCAAAAUUGUGCUUGGCGAUGGCUAACAUCGGUUGAUGUACCGGCAUUGGUCGACUUUUGAAGUAAUUAAAAUUUGAAAAACAAAAAGUCAAGAAGAGAGGAAUGCAGAGGAAAAGUGAUGUUGAGAUUAAGAGAGAGAGAGAAAGAAAGAGGGCAAGCUGUUUGUUGGCAAUCAACAAUCAAUAUACCGUCUCCAUCGUGCCCAAUUUGUGGCUGCCAUCCCUUUUAUUUCCUCACCUUUGUACCAUGUGAGCACCUUAAACAAAACCCCAGUGGUCGAUCAUCCCGAGCUUGUAAUGUUUGGAGUGAGCGCGGAAGAUUUUCAUGUUUUUGUCGUUAAAGCCGUAUAUUGAUAGGCAUAUAAACAUCCACUUACUGUGUUGGAUGAAAUGGUGAGUGAGACAGUUUGUGUAAAAUUUGGACUAUGUAAUUUUUUUUUUUUUGCGGGGCUGCCGCUUUUUAAUUUUUUUUUUCAGC